AUGAAUAAGUUUUCUGUCGAAGAUUGUAAAUUAUUAUACGAUACAUUCAAAUUAUUGGAAAAAGAUUUGAUAUCGAAUGGUGUUCGAAUAUUUCUUGAGAUAUUUUCGGAAAAUCCGAAUUACAAAUUUUUCUGGCCUCAAUUUCGUGCUAUAUCGGACAGUUCACUGAUAUCAUCCAGUGUUUUGCGAAAUUUUGCAUGUACUUAUAUGAAUGCUCUCAAAAAAAUUGUUGAACAUUUGAGGAAUGGAGAAGUACCGUAUGAAGUAUUACAAAGAAUUUCAGUUACACAUGCAAAACAUAAUAUACAAAUGAUUCACAUUGAGAAAAUGAUACAGCCAUUGCUGGGAAAUAUUCGGAGAGCAUUAGGACGGCGAGAUGAAAAUGCGGAAAAUGCGUGGAAGAAAUUAUUUCAAACAAUUGGUACUGUUAUUGAGUACUGUAAAUUAACGGAUAUAUAA